UUUGAGGCAAUUGGCAAGAAUAUAGUCUGCCGUAGAUCGUCGGACCGUUCAGUCUGUUUGUUCCGAGCAUUGCUUUUCGAGUAGUGUGGUCGUUCGCACACCUUUUUUAAAUUCCUUAAAGUAACUAAAAAAACACAAAUUCAACAUGGCUGAUGACGAGAAAAAAGCAGCAGCUCCAGCUGCGGCACCGGCAAAAGCACCGGCAGUAGCACAAGCACCGGCAGCAGCACCAGUACCGGCAGCAGCACCAGCGGCGGCAGCACCUGCAACCCCAAAUGGUAAACCAGCUGCAAACGGUAAGCUUGCAGCAAAUGGCAAGGCAGCUACACCUGCUGAAGAGGCAAAGAAGGCUAAACAAGCUGAAAUUGAACGCAAGCGUGCUGAAGUACGCAAGCGUAUGGAAGAAGCUUCGAAAGCCAAAAAAGCCAAGAAAGGUUUCAUGACACCAGAAAGGAAGAAGAAACUUAGGUUGUUGCUUCGCAAAAAAGCCGCUGAAGAAUUGAAGAAAGAACAAGAACGCAAAGCCGCUGAACGUAGACGUAUCAUAGAAGAACGUUGCGGUAGUCCCAGGAAUCUCAGUGACGCUAGCGAAGAUACCUUAAAUAAAAUAUGUCAGGAUUAUUACUCAAAGAUUCUCAAAUUGGAAAAUCAAAAAUAUGAUCUUGAAUAUGAAGUCGCCCGCAAGGACUUAGAGAUCAACGAUCUCAAUGCUCAAGUUAACGAUCUUCGUGGUAAAUUCGUCAAACCAGCUUUGAAGAAGGUUUCCAAAUAUGAAAAUAAAUUUGCCAAGCUGCAAAAGAAGGCCGCCGAAUUCAACUUCCGUAAUCAACUUAAGGUUGUCAAGAAGAAGGAAUUUACAUUGGAAGAAGAAGAGAAGGAGAAGAAACCCGACUGGUCCAAGGGCAAACCUGGUGAUGCUAAGGUAAAGGAAGAAGUUGAAGUCGAUGCUUAAGAAGUGUCCUUGACCCAUGACUCCCGCCCUUACAUAUAUGUAUAAAUUAUCAUUUGUUCGUAAAUAUCCAACAUCAACAACAACAAAAACAAAAACAAAACCAAAAUUGAAAACAAAACAUCAUCCAUGUUAAAUUACGAAUUUAAAUGUCAUUAUUUAUAAAUAUAUUAUUAAAGUAAU